AAACGCGCCCCGCGGGUGGCGGUGGCGGUGCGGGGCAGGUGGAGAUGAAAUUCCCGGGCUCUGUCCUUGUCUCCCUCGUCCUCUUCGUGGCCGAGACGGUGGCCGCGUUGUGUCUGAGCGGGACGUACCGCUCUGCGGGGGACCGCAUGUGGCAGUGGCUGACGCUGCUUUUCGCCCUCCUGCCCUGCGCGCUGGUGCAGCUCAGCUUGGUCUUCAUCCACCGCGACGUCAGCCGUGACCGCCCGCUGGUGCUGCUGCUGCACCUCCUGCAGCUGGGGCCCCUCGUCAGGUGUGUGGAAGUCUUUUACAUUUACUUCCACGCCGGCAGAGUGGAGGAGCCCUACGUCAGCAUUACAAAGAAGAGGCAGAUGCCCAAGGAUGGAUACUCGGAGGAAAUCGAGAAGGAGGUGGGGCAGGCCGAAGGCAAGCUCUGCACCCACAGGUCUGCCUUCAGCAGGGCCUCCGUGAUUCAGGCGUUCCUGGGCUCGGCGCCCCAGCUCACGCUCCAGCUCUACAUCUGCGUCCUGCAGCAGGAGAUCACAGCUGCCAGAAGUAUUUUUAUGGUCCUUUCUCUCCUGUCAAUUGUAUAUGGUGCCUUACGCUGCAACAUCCUGGCUAUUAAGAUUAAGUAUGACGAUUAUGAUGUCAGCGUGAAACCGGUCGCCUACCUCUGCAUAUUCAUGUGGAGAAGCUUUGAGAUUGCUACACGGGUUACAGUGUUGGUCCUUUUCAGUUCUGUGCUCCAAAUCUGGAUUCUCCCUGUUGUGCUAUUGAAUUUCUUUGGAUUUUUCUUCUACCCAUGGAUUCUCUUCUGGCAAAGCAAGUCCCCGUUUCCAGAGAACAUAGAGAAGGCAUUGAGCAGGGUUGGCACUACCAUCGUCUUGUGCCUUCUCACCUUCCUGUACGCUGGCAUUAACAUGUUCUGCUGGUCUGCAGUGCAGGUAAAGCUCAAUGAUCCUGACUUAAUUAACAAGUCCCAAAACUGGUACCGACUGACUGUGUAUUACAUGCUGCGCUUCAUCGAGAACGCCUUCCUCCUGCUGAUGUGGUACAUCUAUAAAACAGAUAUCUACUUGUAUGUCUGCGCCCCCUUGUUAGUCUUGCAGCUCCUGAUAAGUUACUGCAUGGCUAUCCUCUUCAUGUUGGUGUUCUACCAGUUCUGCCAUCCCUGCAAAAAGCUUUUCUCAUCCAGUAUAUCUGAAGGUUUGCUGUCCUGCUUCAAAUUUCUCUGCUUUGUUUGCAAGCCUCACAAAUCCACUAUACUGCCAGACAAGGCAGAGGUGGUGAAGCCUCCUGAAUGUACUGAUGAAUCAUGGGGCAGUAGCAAGACAAUAGAUUCUCAAAAGGGGAAUCCUCAUCAAAGUGUUUCUUCCAAUGCCUAGUACAACUGGAAGUGAGUAGGUGCCUUUGGAAGGUGGCAGAUCACCUGUCCUGGAAGCAUUGUGUAUCUUGGACCUUUGUGUCUUAUGGAUGGAUUUUUUUCCCUUCUUGCAGGUGUAGCACUGCAUGGCAACUGACAAGCAUACCUUUGUGGAAAACUUUGUGUAAGGGUGCAUGUAUCUGUGUGUGUUUGUAUAGGGAGAGCAAUCAUGUUUUUUGUGUGUAGACUUCUGUUUCAGAGUUUAUUAUCAUGGGCUCAUCUUGAAAUCGUCCUUCAAAAACUAGCCUGAUGCUCAUCUUACUCAGGAAGUCUGAGGAUGGAAGGAAAUGUGUUUUAUUUUAGAUAGGAUGUCCUUGUGGCAUGCCACCUUAGCAUGGAAACAGACCAUAUAACUUCACUGCAUAGAGGCUGUAGCUGUGGUCUGCUUUGAUCAAACUGCAGACUUUUCCCCCACUCUAAUCAGUGUAAUAAAAUAAUACUUCUCUCUGUGGUAUAAGAAUUGGACUUCUACAAUGCACUGUAGCCGAGGUUGCCAAGAAACAGCCAAUUAGCCACUGUUAAUAGUGAACUGUGACUGUUACUGAGGAUGGAGGGGUUGGUUAUUGGCUUUGCACUGUUUUAUCCUUCACGUUUGCUGCUUGUUAGUAAGGGAAUUAAAUUUAACACAUGAAUUGUGAUGUUCUGGAAUAGCUGGUUUUCCUGACAUCAUUUAUCUGAUAAUCUGUGGUGUUCUGGUGUUAGGAUGGUGUUCCCUUUAUGUAACUUCAAAUAUCUAGAAGUUAGGCAGAUAGUGUCAACUAGUCAUGUAGGUGCUCUCCAGAGGGUAUCUCCAGGGAUAAUUCAACCCAUCUUUAAAUGCUCUCUAAGGCACACAAUAAGAAUCAUUCUCUGGAGGCCUAUUACUCAGUGUUAACUAGAAACCUUGACAAUUAGUUUUCACUAUCUGUCUCUCUUUUAGAUGGUUGAAGAGAUGAACACUCCCCUGACUGUCAGGGAGCUGAUGCCAUACCAAGCAGGCAACUUAGUGACUUCUUGUGUGGGGAUAGAAGACACUGAGUCCUUUUUGAGGCUGUGAUAUGUUAUGGUUAGUUUUAUAGAAGCAGUUUAAAACCCUAUGAUUUCUUUACCUCAGAAGUAUCACAGGCUUGAAAUCUGGAAGAGGAAAUGGAAGUGGUUGUCUUUUUUCUUCUAUGCACUGUAUCAUCACAAAUAAGGGUUUCUGUUGCUGAGAAAGAUUUAGAAGGUGAACACUCAAGGAUUUAGUGGAAAUACACAAACCCAAUUGUAUUUGCAAAAAUUAAAUGAAAGCUUUUUGCACUUUCUUUGCUUAGCACGUUGUGUUUCUUUUGAAUAUUACACAUUGUGGCUGCUAGUAGAAACAAGCAAUUUGUGACCCAACAAACACCUGCUAGUGUCCUAAGCUAUAAGUUUUUGGCCCUGAAGGUGAGAUCUAAUGAACUAGAAACAGUUUGUCUUAAACACGUUCUGUGCUCUCAUGUUCAUAAUUUCUUAAGUUCCUACUUUGACAGAGCAAACAAAGUGUCAGGGAAUAAACAUUUACUCAUUAAACUUCUUAAACCUCUUUCA